UUGUCACUUCAAUGUCAAUUUGUGUCAAUGUCAUCGUCAUAUCAUAAUUUUGUAAACUUUAUACAACGUGAAAUAAAAUUGAUGAAAAUUUAAGGAAAAUAGAAAACUUCAAGAGAUAUUUACUGUAGGCAAUCAAAAUGAGAAUUACUGUUAAAAAAUUGCAGGGCGGGGAAUGCAUCUUAGAGAUACUUCCAACCACAACAAUAACGGAAAUAAAGAAACAAGUGUUUGAAAAACUUGGUAUUCCCGUAAAAGAACAAAAGUUACUGUUAGUAGGUAGAACACUAGCAGAUGACCAAACUGUCGCCGGAUAUCCCGCCAUCAAGGACGGAUCAAAAAUAAAUCUAGUUGUUAAAAAACCUGAAGGACCAAUUAUUAAUACAAAAGAACCCCUUAAAAAACCAGAGGAAUCAGCCAAAAUACCAGAAGUACCAGCACAAAAGCUUGAUAGACCAAUUAAAAAACCCAGAAGUUCCAUUAAAUAUCCUGAAGAUAGAGAGUCAAACCCUGUAGGUCUGUACAAAGUAUCAAAAAAAAUGUUUAAGAAACAAGGAAUGAAUGACACAGAGGCUGGAAAUACUGCAAAGAAGUUACUCAGAGUAGUUGAAGAUAAGUUUAACCAAAUGUCAUGGGAUGAUGUUGACAAAUUAUGUUUAGAUUGUCUGCUGGAUGAGAGGGGAGUGCGGCGACCCAUUGUGGAAAAAGACCCAGACUGUGAAGAUAUAUUGUGACCACUAAUAAAUAUUGUUGUAAAUAUUGAAUUGUGUUCUCGAGUUGUGAUGUCUAAAAAGACUAAGACAAGAAUGUAUAAUAGUUUUGUUGCAUAUGAUUUGUGUGUAAAUAUAUUUGAAAAGUUAAAACAUUUGCAUAAUUAAAUAGAUAAUAUGCUGCAUUCAUUAUUAAUUUAACAUUGAUAAAGAUAAGACUAAGGAAACUUUCAGCCAUUACAAUUAUAAAAAUACCAAAUUAAAAUGCAGUGAAUCCAAUUCUCUAACCCAAUUAUAUGUAUCUUUCUUCUAUUCAUAUUAAGUUUUUGCCUGCCAUUGUACUGAUGUCAAUUUGAACACUAGAGUGUGAUACCAUUUGUUAAAACAUCUGUAUUGAAACAGAUUUAAAGAUAAUGAGAGGGACAAUCUUUGUUAAUAUUAUAAAUGGGAAAGUUUAGAUAGAUGAAAGUUUGUUAGAA